CAUACUAUAGAGAAAUAGUGUUUUCUACUGAUUCCUUGGGUGGCAAUUUUAAGUAUAGCCAUGCAUACUCGUAAGAUAAUAAAACACUAUAGCCAUGCAUACUAUAGAGAAAUAGUGUUUUCUACUGAUUCCUUGGGUAGAAAUUAUAAGUAACAUCUCAGGCACCAUCAAACAUAUGCCUUUUCUUUCUAGGUGACAAAGUAAUUCCAUUAUAUGCACCUCAAUGUAAAAAAUGCAAGUUUUGCCUGAGCCCACUCACAAAUAUUUGUGAAAAACUCAGUCGAGAUAAAAAUCCUGCUAUUGACCAAGAACUAAUGGCAGACAAAACCAGCAGGUUCACCUGCAAAGGAAAAUCAAUUUACCAUUUCUUGGGAAUCAGUGGGUUUUCUCAGUAUACUGUGGUGUCAGACAUUAAUCUUGCCAAAAUUGAUGAUGAUGCAAAUUUACAGAGAGUUUGUCUGCUUGGAUGUGGGUUUUCGACUGGCUAUGGGGCUGCAAUCAACAAUGCCAAGGUCACACCUGGUUCUACCUGUGCUGUCUUUGGCCUAGGAAGCGUGGGUCUUUCUGCCAUAAUGGGUUGUAAAAUAGCAGGAGCUUCCAGAAUCAUAGCCAUUGACAUCAACAGUGGGAAGUUUCCAAAGGCCAAAGCCCUAGGAGCCACUGACUGCCUCAAUCCCAGAGACCAAAACAAACCCAUCCAGAAGAUCAUUAUUGAAUUGACAGGAGGAGGUGUGGAUUUUUCCCUUGACUGCGUAGGUGGAUCGGAAGUCAUGAGAGCAGCCUUUGAGUGCACAACAAUAGGUGGGGGAACUUGUACUCUCAUUGGAGUAGCUGCUGGUGACAAAGGAUUGACCAUUACUGCGCCAGAACUAAUCCUGGGCCGUACUAUAAAUUCAACAUUCUUUGGUGGGUGGAAAAGUAUAGAUUCUAUUCCAAAGCUUGUUGCUGACUACAAGAAUAAGAAGUUCGAUCUGGAUGCACUGGUGACCCACACUCUGCCUUUGGACAAAAUCAAUGAGGCAUAUGACCUAAUGAACCAAGGAAAAAGCAUCCGAACAGUCCUGAUCUUGUGAAGAUGCCGGGAGUGAUUUGGAAUACAUCUGACUGAAUCUGAACCUGAUUUUAUUACUUGAUAUAAUGAAACGAGGAAAGCUAUGAAUUUAAACAAAUAUUUAUAGUUAGUAUCUCAACAUAAAUUUACAAUAGAAUUUGUACCCAUAAAAUAUUUUUUCCUAUGUUAAAUAUGAUAAUUAAAGUGUUUAGGAAUAGAAUAUGAUGUUUAGAGGUUGUUUAAAACUAGUUCUGGGAAGAUAAAAGUGGGGAAUGAGAUAUUUAAUAAUUAAAACUAGAUUGGAACACGUUUAUAAUUGUUUAGUUGGGAGAUGACUAUAUGGAGUUCCAUUAUACUGUCUAUGUUGAAAAUUUUCCACAAUAAAAAGAUUUUCACUGGAAAAAAAA